AUGAAUUUCGACGAGAGUUGUGGGCAAAGACUUUUUGCGUUGGUCUUGAUUCUGGUACGCUCAAUGCUGUCCAUGUUAACUUUCGAGGUGAACCAAUGCCCCACCGGCAAGUUGUGUGGUGGAAGCAGAAGAGAAAUCGUUCCAGGUGUGAAAGGGCUCCUUUCUUGUGCUAGACAUUGCGGGAAGGACAGAUCCUGUCUAGGCGUCGUCUCCAGGGAAACGGAGUGGUCUCAACGUGUGGGAACGCAAGCAAACGAAUGUCACAUGCUCAGAGCCUGCUACAAUAGCCUGACGUCAAAGGAGUGCGAUGAACAAAUGCCCCAACCAUUUGAGUACUACGCUAAAGUCGGUGAUAUCCCUGACUUAACUCUAACCUCCAGCGUUUGUCAAAAAUGUGGCGUAUGGGAUACUACAGAAAAUAAAUGUAAGUGCACUGAAGGUUCAGCGGGUGUCUUUUGUGAGCUGGACGUUUACGGCAGUUGUAAAGAUUUUUUCAAUACCGAAAGCGGCCGCAAAACAGAAAAGUUUUACUCAGUAUACUUUAAACUGGAAAAUGGUUCUCCUACGUUCCGUGUUCUGUGUUCAUUAUCCCCAAACGGAAAAGAAGUUAGAACGUACAUGUUUAAAAGUCAAGGUGAGGUCAACUUUAACAGAGCGUGGCAUGAUUACGAAGAAGGAUUUUUUUACGACGAAGCCAAUAGGUGGAUAGGUCUAAGGAACAUCAACAUUCUCUGUGAGUCUAUGAAAAAUCCAAUGGGGGUCCUAGAGACAGUUUACCAGUCUGGAACCAACAGAAGGCGAUACAAUAAUUUCCACGACGGAAAUUCAAGUACGAACUAUAUCCUAACAGUUGGAAAAGUUGAUUUUUCGAAAAACGGGGACGUAGGAAUAGGAACCACUGCUAAAUUAGCCAACUGUUUGGCUAUGAGCAAUGACGCUCCGUUUUCUACUUACGACUCAGAAAACUGCGAUUGUCAACAGAGAGACUGUGUGUCAAGAGCUGGAGCUCCGUGGUGGUUCAAAAAUUGCACUAUAGAGUGUAGCCCUCUAGGCCGGAAGUACGUGAACCUGCCACAGCCACAAGCGGAAGACCGUAUUCUUUUGCCGGGUCACAAUUUACACGACUCUGUAUACGCGGAGGAAUUCAAGUAUGUGGGUCUUUUCUUCAAGAGUAAUUUAUAA